AUGUCUAGUAGGAAAGAUAAGAAGGGAGGGCACAAGCGAGGCAGCAGAGACAAGGACAGCAAAAAGUCCACGAGCGAGAAAACAAGGAAGAAGCUCGAGGACGAGCUUAGCCAAUAUCUCGAAGAACUCGACCAGUUGAGAAACGAAAGAAGCACAUACGCAAAACAUGCCGAGGGAUCAGAUGCAGCUUCUGGCAAGCUCCUCGUCAGGGGUGCGAAAUCCACGGGGAGCACGAGGAUCUUCCGGCAAGAGGGACAGACCGAGGAUCUCCAUGACCCUGAGACGGUUGCUCAACGGCACAAGAAAGAGACAGAUCGCAUGCAAACCCAUUCUAAAUUCCUAGCACACACCAGCGAAUAUCAGGCCGAAGAGUACGUUGAAUACGGGGAGGAUCUCAAGAAAGUCGACAGGAAGAUUGCAAGUGUUGAAUCGAAGGUUGAGGAAAUCAGAAAGAUACUGGGUGAUAUUACGACGGAUGAGCCUGGAGGAUUAGACGACUAUCUCGCCGGGUACGAUGAUGAUGAUGACGCAGCGGGCGGAGGACCGUCUGGGCCCAUGGAUGCUGGAGCUUGGGACAGGCCUAGUUAUGGGGGAUACGGAUAUGGGGGCACAGAUGCUCAUAGUCAGUACGCGUAG